UCCUCUACUUUCUCUCUCUAAAAAAUUCCCAAACCUCGUUCUCCCUCAAAGAUUUAAACCUAUUUAUUAGCUUCCUUUUGCGGAAAAACAAGAAGAUUCAAUUUUCGUAGAAACGCGCACAAGAUUCCAACCUGCAAUCGUCUCUGAGAGCUAAAUCUCACGAUACGGGGAGGUGAUUAGUGUUUUUAGAGAGAGAAAGAUUUGAAUUUGUGUAUUGUUUUUGUUGCUGAAGACGAGCGUUAAAUCUGUACAAUAAUGCUUGAUGUUCAAAGACUGUAAGUGAUUUUUCCUGAAUCAAGGAUGGAGCAGAGAGAAGGAGCGGGAGAAGCAGCGCCGAUGAUGAGGCAGCUUGAUUUCGCGGCUAAUUUCACGGCUGCCGCGGCGAAUGCUAAUGUCAAGGGGAAUUCGCAGCCAAAGUGGCUGGAGGAGGCGAAUUCGCAGCACGCCAGUGCAGUUUUAGGGCCUCAGUCGGCGCCGCGCCAGUUGGCGCGAACGAAAUUUCCGCCGCGAAAGAUGGUGAUGCCUCCAAAGUCGCCGCAUCGAGAAUUGCCUCAAAUGGCGGAGCAACCACAAUCGCCUCCAGUAGCGCCGGUGCAUGCGCCUAAGCUUGCAUUGCAGCCAUUGCUGAAAAUGGAGUCCCCAAAAUCACGAGAACACAAUCCUGAACAGAAUGGUGGCACUCCGAAGAAGCAGAAGCAAUGCAGGUGUAAGAAUUCAAGAUGCUUGAAGUUGUAUUGUGAAUGCUUUGCUAAUGGAGUAUACUGUGAUGGAUGUAACUGCGUCAAUUGUUACAAUACAAAAGAGAAAGAGGCUGAUCGGAAGGAAGCAAUUGGUGCAGUUUUGGAGAGAAAACCCGAUGCCUUUUAUGGGGCAGAGCAGAGUAGGGGAUGCAAUUGUAAAAGAACUGGUUGUCUCAAGAAGUAUUGCGAGUGCUUCCAGGCAAAUAUUCCUUGUUCCGACAAAUGUAAAUGCGUAGACUGCAAAAACUUUGAAGGAUGUGAAGAGAGGAAAGCUCGUCUAUAUCACCAUUCAGCAGAUUCAGUGGCAUUUAUCCAGCAAGCCAACGCAGCUAUAAAUGGAGCUAUUGGACCUCCAAGCAAGAAGAAAGUUGCAUUUGAUGAGACAUCUAGGGGAAAAAUUACUAAAUGGCUUCCAGAAUCUCACCAGGAACCUUGCUUCUCACCUGGAACCUCAUAUUUGCCAUCAUUUGUUCAGCCGUCUAAACCAGACCCUACUAAUUUAGGAUUUUCUAAAUCCUUGUACAGGUCUCCUCUAAGUGGCAUCCUCCGAUUACAACAUGUCAAUGACUUCUGCAAACAUUUGGUUGAAGUUUCAACAGAAGCAGCCAAGACUCUUCCAGAAGAACGAAAAAUGAUCAAUGGUGGCAUUGAUGUGAAUAGGGCUGCAACUUUGUGUGGGCACUAUGAAGACAGUAAUGAUCAUCAAAACCAACAGAAUGCUGUGGAGUUUCCAGAAAACACAGGAAAUAGGGAUAGAGCUUCGCUGCGUGAAAGUGAUGGCUAUGAUAUUCAAAAUGGGAGACCGUUGUCUCCAGGAACACUUGCAUUAAUGUGUGACGAACGAGAUGCAGCAUUUAUGGCGGAUAAUGCUCCAUCUACAGUCGCAGAAUCUGAUACAAGGACCAACUCAGAAUCAGCAUCUGCACUUGGCCCCGACCAGUUAUAUGUUGAACAAGAAAGGCUUGUUCUAACCAAGCUUCGCUGUUUUCUCAAUGGACUCAUCACCUGUGGCUCCAUAGAAGAAACGAGAAAAAAGCCGGAAGUCCCCUAGGCUUCUAUGGAGCAAAUGCGUUGCCGGUGAUUGACUAGUACAUAAUCGAAAGGCAGAUGAGCCCUUUUUUGCCGUAAUGCUGCAAGAAUCGUUCUGUAAAUGCUAGGGGGUUCAACCAGAUUAGGAUUUCAUAUUUUUGUACCACUACUAUUUAUAAAUGUUUAUACAAUCUUUUGUGAUAAUAUAGACCUCUCUCUCUCUCUCCUUUA